AUGCGAUACGUCGCAUUCUGUCUGCUGCUUUUCCUCGGCGCCACUCGAGCCCAGACGGGCUGCGAUCUCCCCUCGAUACUGAACACCAAGCAUGCCCUCAUCGUCGGCGCCAAUGGUUGUAUCUUUUCGUUCGAAGAUGCCCGCGUCGAGGAGGGCCAAUGCCCGAAAACGCUCACCUCGCCACUGAAUUCGCCGUCGAACUGCACCUUCCAAAACGCGCAAUUCCACCUUCUGCGCGAUAAGAGUGGCAAUAAAAGGCCGAGGAUCUUGGCAAUCGGCCAGAGCCCGAGCCGCCACAGCUCGAAUCUGGAGGUGCAGAUGUUCGAAGACGAUUUGAGCCGCCCGAUCAAGGUGGAGCCCUUUGCGCUGGCCCAUCGUGCCCUCAAUCAAACGUUCGAGAACGCCAGGAAGAUCAGCCUGUACGCGGAACACGUUCGAUGGAAGUAUUCGCUCUUCGACAGCUUCAACAAGCUCCUCUACAUUCUCUAUGGCAACGGACAGGUCAACUGCUAUCUGUAUAACGAAUACGGAGGAAGAAGCCCGUUUUUGAACAUGAUGACCUUCCGGGCCGAUUCCAAGUUCACGCUCCGUAGCAACUACGUCGAGGAUCCGUAUGAACAGGCUGUUUAUUACACGGAACAGAACAAUGGCAAGAUGGAAGUCUACAAGGUGCCGCACAAGGACUUGCUGAUCCAUUUGGUGCGAGGCAACCCGGGGGAGGUUGUGGCUAGCUUUGAGGAAGAGAGGAACAUCGUUGCGAUAACGUCCGGCGUCAUCUUUUCGCGUCUCGCCACCGGCGAGCAAGUUAUUAAUCAGAUCGGCGAUCUAUCCGACAUGGCCAAAAAGUGCGACUGCGAGGGCACCACCUACGCUAGCGCUCAAGCCAGCUUCUUGGUGAUUAGGGAUGCCGACUAUUGCAUGACAGUGCACGAUGACGGGCCGAUGAGGGCCAAGUGCCUGGAGGAGCUGAACCCGGUGAUCGAGGAGCGCGAGCCGGACUCGGACUGGACUUGGCUGGUCGUGCUCAUUCUUGUGCUCUGCACGAUGAUUGUGAUCUUGAUGCUGCUCUCGAUCCUGUUUUGGCUACGCAGUCGGCGCAGCAACCGUCAGUACAAGGCCGAGGUGGAGAAGGUUCGAUUCUUGAACGACCAAGCUGGCCUCGGCCCCUCGUCCUACUACCCGAACAGCUCCACCGGACGUGUGCUCGACCAGAGCGUCGACCGCUGGCACGUCUAU